AUGUCGGAGUCGACGUCAACGUCGAUCGACGCAGGCGCUGCCAUCGCCAAUGCACCAGAUUCUCGCGAUAAUGUCGUUGCACCUGCGCCUACCGAUAGCACCGCCAAGGGUACUGUGAAUUCAAAAUCAGACCCGGCUUUUUUGCACUCGCCUCCCGAUAGUAACAACAUGGCCAAGUCAGAUGGCUCAGAUUCUGAACUAAGCGACCUCGAAGAAGAGCCUGUUCUCAACAACCCGCCACAGCCAACAAACGCUGGCGACAAAAGCACCAGCGAUGAAGAUCAGAACAAGCCUAGUGAUGAUGACAUCGGGGAAGUGCUACCAGAUCACUGGUCUGGCGCUGUUCCCAUCUUCAAGCCAACCAUGCACCAAUUCAGAGACUUCAAGCGCUUCAUGGAAGCUGUCGACAGCUAUGGCAUGAAGUCUGGCAUCAUCAAGAUCAUCCCGCCACAAGAAUGGAAAGACGCUCUCCCCGAGCUCGACGAACUUGUAAAGCAAGUCAAGGUUCGAGAACCGAUCAAGCAAGAUAUAAUGGGCUCCAACGGCACUUAUCGUCAAGUCAACAUUCUACACGGUCGAUCUUACAAUGUCCCACAGUGGCGCCAGCUUUGCGACCAGAGCGAACAUCAGCCCCCAGCUAGACGUGGUGAGCGACGCGCCAAUGCCGAAAAGCCAAAGCCACGAACGCGAGCGGCAGCUGCUGCACCCAAACCUGUCGACCUAUCAACUCCUAAAAAGAGAGGCAGAGGGCGCCCAGCGAAGCGAGGCGGUAGGGGAAGGCGAGCCAAGCUAGAGGCAGCAGACGACGCCGAGGAACGGCCUAUGACACCGGUCUCCCCCAAGCCCGAAGCUGCUGAAACCGAGGAUAAGCCUGUCGAGUCUGUGGAGCAGGAUCCGGGUGAGGAAGUUGAAGAUGACUCUGAGCCCACGGUCGGUCGCAUGGGGAUCUCUCGACCAGCAAAAUCCAAGACCCAGACGGUCUCAGCCCGCCGCAAAUACAGUCGCCGGGAGGGAUCCGCUAUGAUCGACGAAGCUGCCUUCAAGAACUGGGAUUACCGAAUGGACACAUCAGAAUACACACCCGAACGGUGCGAGGAACUUGAGAGGGCCUACUGGAAAACCCUUACAUACGCGGCACCUCUAUACGGUGCAGACUUGAUGGGCACGCUUUUCGAUGAGUCAACUGAAGAGUGGAACCUGAACAAGCUUCCUAAUCUUUUGGAUGUUCUAGGAACAAAGGUUCCGGGAGUCAAUACAGCCUAUCUGUACUUGGGCAUGUGGAAAGCAACGUUCGCAUGGCAUCUGGAAGACGUUGAUCUCUACAGUAUCAACUAUCUUCACUUCGGUGCUCCCAAGCAGUGGUACAGUAUAUCUCAAGCUGACGCUCGUCGAUUCGAAGCUGCGAUGAAGAACAUCUGGCCCACGGAUGCGAAAGCCUGCGAUCAGUUCCUCCGACAUAAAGGAUUCCUUAUUUCUCCUCAGCACUUAAAAUCGCACUAUAACAUUACCGUCAAUAAAGUCGUGUCGUAUCCCGGGGAGUUUGUUGUCACAUACCCGUAUGGAUAUCAUUCAGGCUACAAUCUUGGCUACAACUGUGCCGAGGCUGUAAAUUUUGCACUGGACUCUUGGCUUGAAAUUGGCAAGAUUGCUAAAAAGUGUGAAUGCGCCCAAGCUCAAGAUAGCGUUUGGGUCAAUGUCUACGAGAUCGAACGGAAGCUACGUGGCGAGGAAACAGAAUACGAGGAAACCGAAGACGACGACGAUGAGGAAGAUGACGACGACGAACAGUCUGGUAUGCCGACUCCGCCAUCUACUUCAGGUGUCAAGUUUAAGGAAACUGGCCGCAAACGAAAGCGUGGACCCGGCGACAAGGGCGGCAAGGUCAAGGUCAAGAAGGUCAAGCUUCGCCUCAAAACCAAGGAGGAGCCUCCUUGCUGUCUCUGCCCUAAUGAUACACCAUCGGCAGAGUUGUUGCCUACAGAUGACGGCCGCAAGGCGCAUCGACUUUGUGCGCACUAUCUCCCUGAGACAUAUAUCGAGACGAUUGACAACCAGGAAACCGUCGUCAACGUCUCGGAAAUCCACAAAGACCGGCUUGAACUUAAGUGUCUUUACUGUCGCUCUAAAUGGGGCGCAUGCUUCCAAUGCUCCCAGAAAAAAUGUGCUCGCGCUUAUCAUGCGACGUGUGCGGCGGCUGCUGGGGUCUUUAUCGAGGAAGAAGAGGUGCCGGUUUUUGGCGAAGAUGGCACCGAAUACAAGGAGCAAGCUUUCGAGUUCAGUUGUAGGUUCCAUCGAACCAAACGCGACAAGAAACUCGAUGGAGAACAUUUGGAGAAAGAUACGCGAAUCCGCACGGCAGCCUCAAAACUUCAGUCAGGCGAGACUUGUCAGUUACAAUACUUCAAGGGUGAUAUCUUCGCCGGUGUUGUGGUUGAGAACCGGGUCGAUGAGCAAACACUUCUCCUCGAUGUUUUGCCUAAUGGUGAUCGCAUAGAGGUUGAGUGGAAGUGGCUGCUAGUGCCUGACCCAGCUGAUUAUCGACUGCCGAAGGCAUCGGCGAAGGCCAUCCCCAUGCCUGCAUCGCAGAAGGCCAAGGAGAAGUUGAAGACCAAGCGACUUCAUGACGGAAAGCCUCAGAAAGACGAUCCGUUUGUCGAAGGUUGCACAUGGGCCGAAUUCCAACUUAAUCCUGUCACAAACAAAGAACAGGUCAAGAUUGACUUUUCCAAGCCUGAUCAAAUUUGGCACUACUUGCCAAAGACAUCGACCGAUGCUCGUGCUCAAUUCACUGAAGAUCCUGCCAGGAAAAGGCACAAUCCUAAAGGCAAUUUCCUUUCUACAGUUCCUAAGCCGGUAAAGCCGCCCAAACCACCAAAGGCAGUUCCAACAUAUACUUCGCAACAGCCUUACCAGCCCGCAAUUUCUUACGCUGCUGGUAGACAGGAAAGACCAUAUGUGUAUAAGCCACGGAUGCCUGCCGGAAACAACUUACCUACCAUGGGUAGCUUUACAACGCAGAGGUUCACACCAACUGCGCCUUCGCCUGUUCCACCUCAACAUCGUCCUGUGCAGUACCCAUAUCCACCCACACAUCCUGCGCCUCCAGGACAGCAGCCCCCAGCUGCAUACUCUCCUCAAAGAUUCGAGGUCAGACCCUCUCCGGUUUAUACACCGCCCGGAAGCACCCCUGGUGUACACCGUCCCUUGAACGCGUCGGGACAUCCUCAAAAUGCCCAGUGGCCAAGGCCAGCCAAUGUCCCUCAUCCUGCUCAUGCUUCUGUCCCUGUACAUACACCUGCUGCUGCUGCCGCAAUUCAUCCUUACCAUUCCGCCUACCAGGCCCCGAACCGGGCACCGGUACACCACCCACAGGCUCCUCCUGUGCACCAACAGCAGCAAGUAAAACCAUCUUGGCAAGUACAACCGUCGAUCUACCAGAAGUAUCCCUUUUUCCAGAUUCAUCACAAUAGGGACUCAAGCAAAUACCGAACGCCAUAUGCUCGCUGGGGAGGCUUUACAAACGGAUACGAAGGUAACCCGAGGGCGCAUAUGAUGGCCUACCAGGAAGCCUUUGUGAGAGGCCAACCAAGUAAUCAAAACCAUGGAGCCCAUAGCUCUCCACACAACCAGCCAUCAGCUGUCGCGCCGCCGGCACAAGUUUCUCAGAUACCCCCCAAUGGAUAUCAGUUCAAGCAACAAACAUUCCCGAAGCCAGGGUCGGCGCCAUUGCCGGGGCAAACUUCUACAAGUGGCCAACCCUAUCGUCCCGCCAUUAAAGCUCAAUAUCUGCCACCGGUACAGGCGCAACCUCAGUCGCAACCAAAUUCGCAGCAGCCAAAGCCUCAGGCGAAGCCAAAGCCUCAGCAAACUCCGAAACCCCAGGAAACUAUGCAGCCACCUAACCAAAACAGCAAACCCAAGACUGCGACAGUCUUCAAGCCGUACAAGAUACCACCCAAAGAGUCGCCAGUGCCAUUGCCGGCGAACUUUUUGGCGGCAAUGUCAUCGACACCGAACACGCCGACUGCCGUUACUAGUCAGUCGCCUCUGCAGCAGUCCGCAAGCAAGAGCUCGCCCGCUGAGCCUAAGUCUGCAAGAAAGACACAGGCAACGAAGCCACUGCCAUCGAGCGAACAUACUCCAGUCAGACAGCCACUGGGUGCAGGGAUCUCUAACACGCCUGUGCCCAUCCCACGACUACCAGGUGUCCCGCCUACCCCGCCAUCUCGAGAACCCGCUGCUCUGCCACAAAGGCAAGUACCGAAUCAAGGCCAAUUGAUUGAGCGUGUCUUGCCACCUAGCUCAGGCGAUUCAAUGCUGCCUGUAGCGACACAACAGCAGCCGGCAUCGUCUGCCCAGGAUGGGAAGCUUCCGUCUACUGAUACAAACUCGGACAAUGUGUCACAGGCAGCGCUCACGACCCAUGCCGUCCCCUUCCUACCACAGGAUUUUCCCGACGUGCCUGGCAGCGAAUCUAUGGAAUUCAUGGCCAGUCUCUUGGCGAACAUCCGUACCAUAGCUCAUCGCGAUGAUAAGCCCUAG